AUGAGAAUUGCAAUUAUUACGUCGGCUGGCAUUCUCGAUGUGAAACAAUCAUGGUUUUUUGAUAAUAUCCUUAAAAAGUAUAUUAUCCACAAUGUUUAUCAAGAUUUGGCAAAUUCUGAAAGAACCUUGUGCCAAUUGACCAAAGAUUCCAAAAUUACUUAUGCCAUUGUAAGACCUCCUCAAUUGGUGGACUCACCAAUAACUCUAGAUUUCGAAUAUGGAGAGGAUAAUAAUUAUCCGAAAGGUUCAUCCAAAGUUACUCGUCAGGAUGUUGCCUCAUUCCUAUUGCGAUCUCUAUUCGAUGAAAAACUUCAAGGAAAUAGAAGUUUUAAUCUCAAUUCUAAAAGAGAAAUCCCAACCAAGUUGGAUAUUGAUGAAAUGCUGAAGGAAACUCUUUCUCCAACUUUGUUUAUUAUUUGGAAAGUAUUGAAAACUAUUGUGAAAAUUGGGUUGACUGGCUUGGUUCUCUAUUCUCUAAAAACAUUGUUUAACAAAUAA